AGCGAUUUCUCAUAACGCUUCACUGCUUCAUAAAGAAACGUAGUCAAAUAAAAUACGCACUACUUGUUCGACUUCUUAACGCGCCGAACUGUGAUUUUUUUUAACGGGAAACCUUGGUAAUAAAUUAUACUUUUCAUCAACUUGGAAUUGCUGUUUUCCACGCGCCACGCGGUUUAUUAAGGGAUCGGGAAAUAAUUUGUAUUUAUGUGCCGGAUAAUGCGCCGUCGCAGUGUGUUAAUACCGUGCACGGUGCUGUGUUUGCUGGUGGUUUUUUGGGAUAUUUCGACCGUGACAGGCUCGGAUUUCCCGGCAUGUGAUCGCGUAAAAGCAGCGAUUCCCGAAUGCGCAUCCGUUGUUGACUGUGCGCUGCAAGCGACGACGGAGAAGUCGAAGUCGAAGCGGAAAGCGAAGAUGGGCGGCUGCAUGAACAAUCGGCCGCCCGAGUGCGAAGCGGUGCAGGCCAAAUUCAUCCAGACCGAGGACGUCCAGGGCUGCAUCGAGAGUCUGCGCUCCUAAGCGCCGUAUGCGGGUGGGCGGUAUAGCCACGGGUGUAUCGUUGACGCGAUCGGAGGGCGAUCGCAGGAACUAAAGACAUUUUAGGCCGUUAAGCCGUAAUAAUUCCGUUUAACCAGCCUUUUUUCAAUGCUUAUUGAUGCUUCCUGUAUGUAUUUUUAUACCGGAAAUCGACUUGCAUUAACCCGAUGCUUAGGUACAUUAGCGUACACACGUUUGUGUCCGUACGUUGCACCCGUGCAUGCAAGUUGCAUUUAUGUCCUUUGAUAUGUCAUCUGCAGUACAUUUUGUUUUUUAUAAUCGUAUCGCAGCAGAAAUAUAUUUACCGCUGGACUGUGAAGCAAACAAACAAGAAGACAAGUGCCGAAUGAA